CACUCCACCACCGCCGAAUUCCCCGCAGACCAGUAGAGGAGAGAAGACUUCUAUCGUCCUCUCCUGACGAAACCAUGCCGCCAUGCUCCGGAAUUAUGUUGCGAUCCGGUUCGGCGGGCUACAGUUACUGAACGCAAGCUACGGCUCUUCAUCAACGCCGCCACCACACUACCUUUCCAUCCCGCGACAGCGCUACUACGCCAACAGCAGCACCAAUAGCACCAACAACCACUACCAGCACCACCAUCACCCCGACCUAACAUGGCCAACAACCCCAACCUUCACGCCGUACGAACUCCUCCACCUCGACCGCAGCGCACCCUACACGAAAACCAGGUACUACGAGCUCGUGAAGAUCUACCACCCGGACCGACCAAGCCAUAACCACCCGCUCAGCAAGGACCUAACCCCAGAGCUGCGCAUCCAUCGCUACCACAUCCUCGUCGCCGCGCACGAACUCCUCUCCGACCCGUCCCGCCGCGCCGCCUACGACCAGUUCGGAACAGGCUGGAACGUCCACCGCCCGCACACCGAACACACUCCCCCAGCAACAGACGAGAACAUCCCGCCAUGGGCGCGCCCCGGCUCCCGCGACUACGGCCCCAUCUUCGCCAACGCCACCUGGGAGGACUGGGAGCGCUGGCACAACCGCCACCGCGGCCGCCAGCAGCACAUGGUCGACAACCGAACUUUCGUGGUGUUUCUGGUGCUGCUGACGCUGCUGGGUGGCGCGCUGCAGGCGUCGUGGAUUAGUCGGUUGAGCGGCGGGUAUGAGGAUCGCUUGUGGGAGGUUACGGAGCAAUCGGAACAGUUUCUCAAUGCGCGGCGCGAGAAGACGGUUGCUGCGCAGAAGGAGAAUGGGGGCGGCGGGCUGGAUGAGAGGGUUGAGCGGUUCUUGAGGAGUAGGGAUCCCUCUGGGUUGGGGUUGAAGGGGGAGGAGAGGGAGGUUUAUCGGGGUGUUUUGGGGGGGAAGCAUACCGUGGAGAGGGGUGGUGCUGGUGCUGGUGCUGCACCUGUCGAACUGGAGGAAGAUGACCCGUCACGUCGCGGGUCUAAAGGUCCGAAAGAGUCAGAGAUAGACUCUUGACGUUGACUCGUUCUUGAUAGAUUGGAUUGGGGGUAUUUAUGCAUUUUGUAGAGACUCACACCGUAGUUCAGACGUUGUUUGCUCUACCGGUACAGUACAUUGAGGUUUGUUUCAGCCUUAGGCUGCGCGGGUCGGGUGCUUGCAUUGACUACCCGACCGAUGACUCGCAAUUCCGAGCAGAGCACACCCUCCCGGCCAUCUCACAGAGUAAAGACAUUCAAGACAGCAUCUCUUGUUGAUACAAAUUCGAAUCAUGACUCAAUGUAUCUAGACUCG